AUGUCUAAACAUCCAACUUUUGGUCGUGCCUUGCGUUCGGAAUUUCUUCUCCAAGAAGAUUUCGUUCCUCUUAAUCAUGGCUCGUUUGGAACAUGUCCACGAAGCAUCCAUCCUCUUCGUUCAGAAUGGCAACGUAAAUCCGAGCUGAAUCCCGAUCAUUUCUUUCGCCACUUUGUUCACCUUCAGUUGGCCAAGACCCGUGAAAGACUAGCACGCUUUGUGCAUUGUGAUGCAGACGAGCUUGCCAUCCUUAUCAACGCCACUGCUGGUAUCAAUGCAGUCGUCCGCAGCCUCAAAUUCAAGCCUGGUGACAAAAUCCUUUGUGCAAGCACAUUGUACAAUGCGAUUGAACGUACUAUGGCUUUCAUCCAAGAUUCGCAAAAUGUGCAACUCGUCAAGGUCGAUCUUGUAUAUCCAUUAAGUGAUCGUCAGGUGGUGGAUGCCUUUAAAGAUACCAUUGAACGUGAACGUGCCAAAGAUUCCAAUGUGCCUAUCCGUAUGGCCGUAUUCGAUGCCAUCAGCUCCGUACCAGGCGUUCGUUGUCCAUUCGAGGCAUUGAUCAAGUUAUGCAAGGAAUAUGAGAUUCUCUCUCUUGUGGAUGGUGCUCAUGCUAUUGGCCAAAUUCCUCUCGAUUUGCAUGAAAGUGACCCAGACUUUUUCAUUACCAAUUGUCACAAGUGGCUCCAUACUCCACGUGGUGCUGCUCUCUUGUACACCCCGCGUCGUAAUCAUUCAUUGAUCCAUCCUAGUAUCAUCAACUACGCCUACAAGGAUUACAGUCAAUGUAGUGAGGAGGCUGAAGUGACCGCUGCAUAUCAACUCGAAUUUGGAUGGCCUGGUACAAUGGACUUUAGCAGCUUUUUGUGUAUUGAUGCUGCCCUUGAUUUUCGUGAAUCAUUGGGUGGUGAAGAAGCCAUUCAAUCCUAUUGCAACGAACUGGCACGUCGAGGUGGCGAAUUAGUGGCAUCCAAAUGGGGCACUGAAAUUCUUGAGAAUGAAGACAAGACGUUAACGGUAGCUAUGGUCAAUGUGCGUCUUCCUUUCAGCAACAAGGGUAACUUGCCCGAUCGACAAAUCUCCAAGGCUUUGCUCGAAAAGUUCAAUGACGAGCACCAUACGCUUGGUCAACCUUUCAAGCACAAUGGCCAUUGGUAUAUGCGUUUGAGCGCACAGGUGUAUAAUGAUGAAAGCGAUUUCGAACAUAUGGCUCAGGCUGGUCUCAAGGUGUGCCAAGAUCUCGAUGCCACAACCAGCUAUCAAGGAAAAUGGACCAUUGGAUAA